GUGCUACUACCCGACGGUGCCAGAACAGUUCGAAACGUAUAUAAGGAAAAGUGUCGUGUCGUAAAAUUUUGGUUUCGCUUUUUCACUGCGCUCUGGCGAAACCUAUUCCCCACCUGGGGUUGAAUAUCUUCCGAAUCCUGCGUAGAAGUUCCGUCUUCUCGCGUCAAGAAUCCGUGGGCAGUGUCGAAAUAGUGUGGCACAUUCCGCUGCCUUAAGUCGCUGGAAGCACCCGUUUAGAAUCUUAACUAUAUCCCAUCCGCUGACUCCGGAGAAGUUACGAAGUGAAAAAUCUCUUGUGUGAAUAUUUUCCAUCUUUCGUCUCGCUACGUUUCUUCCCACUGUAUACCUCUGUUCAUAGUUCCGUUCAGUUGGCAAGUCAAAAAACCAUUCUAUCAGUAUUUCACGGAAUCAUCUUAAAAUCGGGAAACGAACGGCCGUAAAACCAUAUUGACAGACGGUAGCAUUUAGCCGUUCCCGAAAGUAGCAGGUCAACUUCCGUGAAGGCCACUAAAAGGAACAAUCUAGUCGCCGCACUUCAUUCUGCGGAACUUCUCUGCCGUUCUGGGCGGCAGACGACACUAUUUGGAGCACCAGAAGUAAGCGUCUCUCCAAAUAAUGGCUCUCAGUCAGACGUCGGUGCUAAAACUUUACAACACCGUUAUCGACGAUGUUAUCGCUGGCGUACGAGAUGCAUUCCUGGACGAGGGAGUCGACGAGCAGGUGUUGCAGGAGAUGAAGCAAGUGUGGACAGCAAAACUGAUGGCCAGCAAAGCAGUCGAAACGACACCGGAACCUUCAGAACAGCACCCACCGUCUAUUCUGGCCAACAGUACUAAGUCGAUGUCGAAUUCAAAGGCCAAUGGUACCAAGAAAGCAAAGGCAGCGGCUGCUGCAGCUGCCGCAGCAGCUAACCAGGAAAAUCAGAACGGAAUUGCAAAGGCAAACGCAAACAGCUCUGCGGCCACUGCUGCAUCUGCCCAGGUCAAACCAGAACCAGCAGCUGAAAGUCAGCCCAACCAACAAAUGCAGCAACAUCACCAGCAACAAUUACAACCACCGCCUCUAGCUCAGACACAGCCUGUAGUUCCACAACCUGCUGCAGUGCAGCAACCAGCACCUCAGCCAGCACCCCCGGCGGCCGUUGUGGCAGCACUCGAUCCCAACAAAAUGGUAGCGAUUCAAAUCACUCUACCAGCACAACCAAAUGUACCAAAUUCGCAACCGAGAGUACUAACAAUCCAAGUACCAGCAUCUGCCCUGCAAGAGAAUCAACUACAGCAAGUGCUCACUGGACCUAUCAUCACCUCAAUCAUGCCGCUACCGCCACAAAUUGCCUCAUCAGUACUCCAGCAGCAUGUCAAUUCAUAUCUGCAAAAUAACACCAUGAAUACUAUUCAAAUUCACAAACAGAUGGACGGUGCCUACGACAUGUCGAUGGAUACGGAUGCUGAAGAAAAUGACCAAGUUCCCAUCUUGGCUCUUUCCGAAGUGUUAGAUCAACAUUUGUUAAACAAAAUGGCGCACAAUGGGGCUGUCUCAGCAUCGUCAUCAUUGUCAUCCGUUGCAGCAGCAACAAGUUGUACAAAGAAGAUGAAAAAUCGUAGGAGAGUAAUGAUCGAAAUUAUACACCAGUUGGACGGAGCUGUCGAUACCUCGGACGAGGAAGCGAGUGAUAUAAGUGACGACAAUAUUGGAGACGACGAUGACGACGACUUGGAUAAGGAGGACGAUGAAGAUUUGGACGGAGAAGGCGGCGCAGAGGAAGAACCCCUGAAUAGCGAAGAUGAUGUGACCGAUGAGGAUGCGUCUGAUUUGUUCGAUACGGAUAAUGUGGUCGUUUGCCAGUAUGAUAAGAUUACAAGAUCGAGGAAUAAGUGGAAAUUCUACUUGAAAGAUGGUAUUAUGAAUAUUACCGGUAAAGAUUACGUUUUCCAAAAAUCCAAUGGUGAUGCUGAAUGGUAAUGCAGUGUUUUGAAAGACAAAGGUGUUUGGAAGCGUACUAGCAUUGUUUCAGUUUAAGAUGCGUGAAACUUGCAGGUAUUCAAAUGUAUCUGCUUGAAUGAUUGCUGAAUGCGAUGUGGAUAUAUUGGCGAAUGUUUUGACUGGUCUGUGUUCUGAUUCACCGACGAAAUAUCUUCUUUCUAAACUGUGGUAU